AUGUCUGUUUCAAAUUUAGGAAAUUUUCAACCUAAUUACAAUAUAAACUUGGCAGAGCAUUCAACUAAAAAUGUUCUUAUUGCAAACCCAACAAAUUUCAAAACAACAAAUUAUGAAAUAAAUCCAAUGAAUCAUACACCAACCCCAUUUCCAUCACCGUUAUUACCAUCAACUCCAAAAAAUACGUCACAUUUAAAUUUCCAAAAUUCACUUAUACAAAAACUACAAUCCACCACAACUAAUAAUCCCAAUAUUAAUAAAGAGAAUAAAGUUGAUAAUGAUUUAAUAAUAGAUUAUGGAUCAGAAUCAGAUGAAAGUUAUGAUACUGAAGAAUCAGAUGAUGAUAAGAUGGAUAUUGAUGAUGAUGAAGAAAUUGAAGAUCAAAUGGAAGUUGAUCAUGAAGAAAAUGAGGAAAAUAAAGAUAAAGAUUAUUUGAUCAGAGCUUUAACUCCUAAUGUUUCAGUUGCCUCAAAUCUUGGAUCAAUUAUGGGGAAUGAAUUUAAUUUUGUUGAUUCCAGAGUUGAUCAUAGUCGAUUAUCUAAAAUUUGA